UAUAAUGGUACAAAGCGAUGUCAGUAAACAACCCCGACAUUACCAAACAAUCACAGUCAGUGACCACUACUUUCAUGAUAGUUUCAAUGAAGCUGAUAAUGCUCCCAUUAUUACAUCACAACACCUUCAAGCAUCUGCAGACACAACAACAGAAGAUAACAGUGAUGCAUCUUGGGUGGACAAUUUAACUCCAUUACAGAAGAAGCUUGUAGGCUGCAGCUUAGCAGUGAUUGCAGGAUGUCUAUAUGGAUUAAAUUUUGCACCAUGUCUAUAUGUGCAGAAUAAUGUAGAUGGUGCAAGUACAAAUGGACUGGACUAUGUUUUUGCCCAUUUUUGUGGAAUCUAUAUUACGGGCACAGGGUACUUUGUCAUUUAUUGUAUUGCCAAGAAAAACAAACCAAACUUAUUUCCAAGUUUAGUGUUACCAGCCAUGAUAUCAGGGGCCAUGUGGGCUGUAGCACAAACUGCUUGGUUUGUGGCUAAUUUCACACUACAAGAGGCUGUCAGUUUCCCAAUUAUUACAACAGGUCCUGGAAUUAUUGCUGCCAUAUGGGGUGUGGUUGUUUUCAAAGAAAUCCGUGGUAAACGGAACUUGAUUAUUUUAAUGGUAGCAUUUAUUAUCACCAUAUCAGGUGCUGUACUAUCUGGAUUAUCAAAGCUUGAUAACUUGUAACACAUCAUCAACUAAGAUUAAAGACGUGAUAAUAUAUAUAA